AUGGCCCAAAUCCCCCCGUACCCACUCUACAACCGCACGUACAACCUGUACCGCCUGUCCCCGCUCCACUGCCACGACACGCCCCUCCUAGUCGACGCCUCACUUCGCACCCAUGCCAAGCGCCUCAAGGAACAGCUCAAAGGCGACAGCGUGCGCGGCGUGCAGGUCGACUUUGCCGCUGCCGACGACACCGCGAAACUGGGCCCCCUGGACGAGUGCACCUGGGAGCUGAUUGGCGACGAGGAUGCCUGGAUUGACCGACAUCGCCAGUCGAUGGAGCCCGAUGCCUCACAGCUGUCCUCCGUCUCCCAGCUCACCCCAGAGCGGGCGCGUGGACUGGAAGUGAGCCUCGAGUACGAGAAGCAGUCGUACAAUGCGCUCCUGCUGCGCGACCCGGGCGUCACUUCCUCGCAAAAUGGCUUCACGUCACUGCCCCUGCUACUCGUGAAGAUGCCAGGCCCAAUACGCGACAUCUUCCUCAACUACCUCCGAACGACCUUCGAUGCCCACGUCGCGCCCUUGAAGCUGCCCUCGCCCUUCAUCACUUCAAGUCUCGAGACCUACUUCAGGCACCUCGCCGCGAGGUACUCGACCCAGUCCAUACAAGACAUUAUAAGGCAGCUACAUAUUCAAUUGGCAUUUCCCAAUACCACAACUAUCCUCAAACACGUAGAGAUCACAGUCGCAGGCGGCGACAUCUCUGGUUUCGUCGACAGAGGCAGACUGCUCAAGGACACCCAUGACAAACCCUUUACAGCUGCCCUGGCCGCGUAUCUUCAACAGCACCUCGCCCUCGACAUAUCGCACCCCAAAGUCCAGAUAUCCCGAAUAACCUGCAACAGCUUCCACCUCGGCACCGAGCGCCUCAGACUCGUCGCACCCGAUCCGCUAGCGGACACGUCCUUCUCCGAUGAAGGCGGCGCAUCACAAGACGCAAGUGCGAGCGAACUCGCUGUACAAGAGCUCUAUACAUCCUUAGUUCGAGAGGCUGCUGGCAGCGGGAAAUUCCUGCCGGAAGAUAUGACCAGCGCAUCGAGAGAAGAGACGCCGUCCUCCAUCGCAAGCGCUAAAGCCGGGCGCAGGAAGAGAGCCAUCAGCAGCACUGCCGUCACCGAUGGUAACAAUAAGAAGACCAAAGGCAGAGGGAAAGAGAACAACCGGAAGCUCAAUGGCAAUGCCGGCAUAGCCGAUAUGUAG